GUGUGUCUGUUGGGGGGGGGCGGGAGGAAGUGCCUCGAUCCGGUGGCUUCCCUGCACUGCGCAACUUCCGUGAUGCCGCCCGUAGCGCCGGGGGAGGCGGGGGGAGCCGGGGCUGCCGCGCUGGCGACCCUCCCGCAGGACCUGCUGGCGGAGCUGUGCGAGCGAGCCGUGCAGCGGCUGCAAUCUGGGAGGGUCGCUUUUGAUGCCGCCCAGAUAUGCCAGAGGUGCCAUACAGCCGGCGUGGAAGUAGCCCCGGGCGACCUGGCCCAGGCGCUGCAGGCCCUCUCCUGGCUCUUUGGCACAGCAGCAAAAAAUAAACUCACCUCCGAAGAAUUUUCCACGGAGCUAGGCAAAAUGUUCAGCUUUCUGCCGCAACAAUCUGGCCAGGUGAUCCAGCAGGUGUGGAAUGAGAAAAGAAAAUCCCUGGUGGAAUUGGAGGAUGCAGUACCUGUGGCAGCAGCUGGGCAGCUUAUUGAUUUUCAGUGGAAGCUGGGAAUGGCCAUUAGUGCCGACAGCUGCAAAUCCUUGAAGUUGCCUUGUGUGACAGUGGCAUUCAAAGUUGCCGACAGUUUGGGGAACGUCACCUGCAAAACGAUUGAAAUGACAAUCUCUCAGUUUCAGAAUUUCCACAGCCAGUUCAAGGAAAUGGCAAGCGUUCUUGAGACAUUUUGAACAAGGGUCCAGUCUUCCCUUGCCUCCUAAGAGAUCGUUCUACAGAAUGGUUCUCCAGAAAGAGAUGUAGGUUUGUUCUUCUUUUUGGUUUCCACCAUGGCUUUCUCCAGCUGAAGAGGUGCAAACUGUCUGGUAUGGAGUGAAAUUCUACACAUGAGUCCUCCUCCUAAAAUGGACCUCCCGCUUCACCCCAGAAUUUAGGUGGAACCUAUCUCAGCCACUCAGAAGAAGACCAGGGAAGUCUAGGACAGGGGUAGGCGACCUUGGCUCUUUUAUGGCUCGUGGACUUCAACUCCCAGAAUUCCUGAGCCAGUAUGGCUCAGCAUGGAAACCUGUCCCUUUCCCCUCAGCAUGGCUGGCUCAAGAAUUCUGGGAGUUGAAGUCCACAAGUCAUAAAAGAGCCAAGGUUGCCUACCCCUGGUCUAGGAGAAAUAAACCCAAUAAUGUCCGGAGAACUAUCCAAGAUAUGGCUUCCUAUAAUGUCUUAGUUCUCUUCAUCUCUGCAUCUACAACUAGCUACAACUAGCUACAACUAGCUACAUUGGGAAAGCAGUGGUACCCGUCACCAUCUAGAACUCUGCCUGGAAAAAAUCCAAUGGGUCUGGAAGGCAACCUUCCAUUCCUUAAUAAAAGGGUGGAAAACA